AUGAUUUAACAAGAAAAUCAAAAAUAUAAAUUCUCCACCAAAGAUUACUUCAAUCCCAAUUCUUCAUUCAAAAAAUAUGUAAAGUAAGAUAUUAAGGUUGAAGAUGAACCAUAAGUGAAAAUAGAAGAUGUUUAUCGUUCAUAAUUAUCAACUGAAGAUUUUUAAGAAUCCUCUUAAAUCAAUAAUUUAAACAAGAAAGGGAAGAUUCAUAAGAACAAAGACACACAUUAAGCAUAUAAAUCAGAAACUAAAAAUAUUCCUAAAAAUUUUGGAGUAUUAUUGAAAAAAUAUUUAUGUAUUCUAUUUCACUCAUUUUCCUAAUUAUAGGUACUAAAAAUGUUGACAAUUAAGCUAUUAAGUCAUUCUUAAAAAAUGGAGAGAACAAAAAAAACUUUUCAAGACAAGAUUUCACUAAACUCUUUAGUGAUGAAACUGCAGCAGAAUUAUCAAGAAAUUACUUUUAAGGAUUUUAAAUAAUUCAUGAUCUAAUGAUAAGUGAAAAAAUAUAAGAUGUUAAAAAUCAUCUUAAAUAUAUAGGAAAAUUUUAUAAUUCUACUUACAAUAAAGAGGAACUCAAUGAAUUAAAAUUAUAAUGA